AUGCGUGAGGUCGUUAGGUGUCAAUGCCGGACGAAUCCUCCCGGGGACUCGAGCUGCGCCAAGGCCAGUGCUCUCAAGAGUGCCCACCACCUCGCAGCCACAACCGCAGACCGACUCGCAUUCAUGUACCCCCGAGAAGCGGAGACCGGCCUGACCACAGCAACAGAACCCUCGAGCCCACUCACCAGCCCGACGUACAGCUCGGGAGCAGCGGUCAUCCGUUGGUGGGUUUUUCUUCCCUUUUUGCCGCCCUCCCUGGCCAGUGAAAUCACACUGGCCGGUUCACACCCCGUCCCUUCGGCGCAUUGGUUGCCGAGACGACUGGUACCGCUCGGCUGA